CUGCUACAGCUGUUCGUGUGUUGUCGACCAUAGAGACGCUGCGCUUGGCACAGUAAGGCAGAUGUGGAUGGGUUUUUAUUAUCUAUUCACAGGUAUGACUGGGUACUAUUGGUAGCAGCUCAUUACCAACAUUUCACCAGAUGCCACGUACUAGUGCGACCUGGAUGUGAAACUGGAAUAAAGGCCGUAUCUCGCUAUAUUUUGACAGACCGUGACAACACUGAGAUGUAAACAGUGUGGAUGGGUGCAGUAGCAGCGGGGUAGCUAGCUGACUUUAUUACACGGCGGUCCUUAAAUAAUCUUAACUAUUGUGAAAAUAUGGAGGAACUUGGAAAUACAUGUGUUGGCCGGAUUUAUUAAUUACCCUGCUUUGUGAAUAAUGGAAAUCAGGUGCCAGGAAGAUCAGGAAACAGUGUUGUUAUUAGCAAGUUAGCUCACGGUAGCUCAGCUAGCUGUUAGUUAAGGUUAACUACAUCAAAUUAGUGGGCUGGGUUAGCUGGGUUAACUCAGCCCACUAAUUUUAAAUAGGCACGGAAAAUAAUCACACAAAUAUUGCUGGCGACUAAACUUUUCUAUUUGCUUAGAUUUUUUUGACUGACAAGUUUUUUUUCUCCCAGUGAAACCCAGUUUACCUAUUUCUGGUGUUAACUCCGCUAGCCUGCUAAGCAGCUGUGUUGGUUGAGCUGCUCCUCCUGUUCUGCUGUGGUGUCAGUGCAAUCUGCUUGUGCUGCACAAGUCAUAUUGUAAAUAUAGCUUUGUACUGCUGCUAAACUGCCAAGUGCACGACAACAAUGGCUCAAGAAGCGUUUCCCCUGCAUUUUCUGGUCUGGAACAAUCAGUACCUGGAGCUUGAUCGAGAGCUGCAGAAGAAAGAGCAGGAUGUUGAGCGCCUGGAUCCGAGGGGGCGCACCCCGCUGGAGCUGGCUGUGUGUCUGGGCUACCUGGAGUCCACCCGGGUGCUGCUCAGGCACACUGCAGACCCCACACACAGCAACGCACAGGGAUGGACCAUCUUGCAGGAGGCGGUGAGCACAGGAGACCCUGAGCUGGUUCAGCUUGUGCUUCAGUACAGAGACUUCAAACGUGCCACAGAGAGACUGUCAGGCAUCCCAGAGCUGCUCAGCAAACUAAGACAGGCACGGGACUUCUAUGUGGAGAUGAAGUGGGAGUUUACCAGUUGGGUGCCCUUGGUUUCGAAGGUGUGUCCCAGUGACGUCUACCGGGUGUGGAAGAGUGGCUCGUGUCUCCGCGUGGAUACCACCCUCCUGGGCUUUGAACACAUGACCUGGCUGAAAGGACGACGCAGCUACAUCUUCAAGGGUGGAGAUGACGGUGCAGUGGUGAUGGAGGUGGACCAUGAGAAGCAGGUGGUGUACACAGAGCCUCUUGUGUUGUCUCCCCGCGAUGCACCUUCCCUUCUGGCAGCCAUGCAGCCUUCGCAGGAGAACACAGCCCAGAGAAUCACAUCACCCAUCGUCUCCACGCACCUCAACACACGAAACAUUGCCUUUGAACGGAACAAGUCUGGUAUCUGGGGCUGGCGUUCAGAAAAGAGUGAAGUGGUCAGUGGGUAUGAAGCCAAGGUUUACAGUGCCACCAAUGUGGAGCUGGUGACUCGGUCAAGAACAGAGCAUCUAUCAGACCAGGACAAGUCAAGGAGCAAAGGCUCUAAGACUCCCCUGCAGUCCUUCCUGGGGAUUGCUGAACAGCACACAGCUCACAACGGGAGUAAUGUGUCCCAGUGUGCCAGUCCUCACAACCCGACAGCCAUCACAGCUGAGGAAUACUUCGACCCAGAGUUCAACCUGAAUGGGCGGGACAUCGGACGUCCCGUUGAGCUCACAAGCAAAGUCCAGAAGUUUAAAGCCACACUGUGGUUAAGUGAAAGUCACCCUCUGUCUCUAGCUGAGCAGGUGACACCCAUCAUCGACCUCAUGGCCAUCUCCAACGCCCACUUUGCCAAACUGCGUGACUUCAUCACUCUCCGCCUACCGCCAGGCUUCCCUGUCAAGAUAGAGAUUCCUUUGUUUCACGUGUUGAAUGCCAGAGUGACGUUCAGUAACCUUUGUGGCUGUGACGAGCCAGUCAGCUCUGUGACGGUUAACGAACCUGAGAGCCCAGAGGAAGCUGGUCAGUCUCCUGCUCUCUUCCACUGUGAAGUGGACCCCUCAGUGUUCGAGCCCCCUGCAGAGUACACCACCCUCGGUCCAGGCCGCAGCGAGCCCAUGAGGGACGAAGAUGACAACUUGCUGCAGUUCGCUAUCCAGCAGAGCCUGCUGGACGCGGGCACAGAGAGUGACCAGGUUACCAUCUGGGAGGCCCUGACCAACAGUCGCCCAGUGCCCCAGAGUCCACUGUACGAGGAAGACUCUCAGCUGGAGAGGGCAAUCCAGGAGUCUCUGUCCAUCUCAUUGGCCAGCAGAGAGGAAGAAGACACAGCGGACCCCUCCUCCGUCUCCCCCUUGGACCCCGUCGCCAACUCCCCGCUCUCCUUCAGCGCCGUGACGGAUCCGCGGUUGUCAGGAAACUUAGGCCUGGCUUCGAACUUCGAUGAACAGCUGCGCAUCGCCAUGGAAAUGUCGUGUCGAGAGCAAGAGGAGCUGGACAGGAAGCAGAAGGAGGAAGAGGAUGAGCUGGAGAGGAUCCUGCAGCUGUCGCUCACCGAGAAGUAAUGUCAUAACAACAACAAUGGAGCAACCGCCUUCAUUGGGGAGCGAUCCUCUUUAUUUAUUCAUUUUUAUUUUUAUUAACUUAUUUCAGAUAUUUUAUUUGUAUUCUUUACGCGAAGGCUGCUAUAACACAGUGUGAAGGACCAGAUUAUAAGACGUGUGUGUGUGAAACAGGUGUGUGUGUGGGAGCAAGUUAAACUAAGAAGAGAUGGAAUCAGUAACUGUGAAACACACUGCACUGAAGGAGCAGACAAAAGGGAUAGUCUUUGUUUUUCUUAUUUUGAUUGAACAUUCGUUGCAGUCUUGCUGUCUUUGAGUGGUGAAUGAUCCUUAAACUUUAAACCUAUAACAUGAUCCGUGAUAACGAUAUUUAAAAAAAAAAAAAACAGUCUUAAUGGAAUAACUUAUAAAUACAUGAUUAUAACAUUUGAAUCAUUUUGUUGGCUUCCUCCUGUGUAAAAAAAUAAAUAAAGAAUGACCAUCCUGGAA